UGACUAGCAACAUAAACAAUUUUCAAGGGAGCUAGCUAACAGUACGGUGGGAAGUAACGUUAAACUAGCUAGCGAACCCCACUCCAUUUUAACAACAUUGUAUUUCCCUUAAUGUAAGCCUAACGUUGAAAUGUGAGGAAUAUGGCUGGAAUUAUUCGUCGUGCGUCGGACUUUCCGAGAGUUUCUCAGAGUAGAGCAUCACAUCGAGGAGGGGAAAAAUACGUCGGUUAAAAUUGAAACAUGGAGAGUUGUCCCGGCGGUCCGGUGAGCUGAAAAUGGGAGCAAGCGCUUCAGUGUCGCUCUGUAGUGACCCCUCUUCAUUGAGAAUCCUGAGACCCAGUGCUAAGGUCAGCCCAGAGCCCAUUGCUCCCACCCUGGUUUCAGAGCCUGAACUGGCCGUCAGUAGUGUAUUUGGUGUUGCCUUUGAAACACUAAGAGAGGACGGGCAGAUGGUCUGUGGAAUACCCCUUGUGUUAAGAGACAUGGUGAAGUACCUGGAUAAGAACGGGAUGCACCACAGAGGUCUUUUCCGCCUGUGUGGGUCAGUGGUGCGGACCAGGCAGCUGAGGAAGCGGUGGGACCACGGAGAGAGGGUGGACUUGGACCAUGAGGGAGAUGUUCCCACUGUUACCUCGCUCCUCAAACUCUUCCUUCGGGAGCUGCCCACUCCCGUAGUUCCCGAACCCCAUUGCAAACAGCUGGUUCUGAGCCUUACAGGAUAUGCAGAUGAGGCAGAGAUGAACCAGUCUCUGAGAGAAAACCUUUGCCACCUCCCUGAUGACAACCUCAUUAUUUUGUCUUACCUCAUCCACUUCCUGUCCAGAGUGGCUGCUCACAGCCAAUCAAAUCACAUGCCUGUAGAAAAUCUGGCAACCAUCUUUGGGCCUUGCAUAUUUCAUGUUCCUGCAGGACCCAGGAUGCUGGAGGAGCAGAGUGUGUGUAAUACCCUUUUGCUCCAUCUUCUGAGGCAUCAGAAGGUUCUCUUUCCAAUCCCAGCCGAGGACACAGUGUCCACAUCGAUCAACUCCUCCUCACCUCCUCCUCCUACUCUCGCUGCUCUUUUACACUUUGAGGUCCGAUCCAGCAGCUGUCACUCAGAGCAGAGUAAUGUGGAGAGGUUGGAGGGAGAGACCGCUUCAGUCUCAGCUACCAGUGCUUUUCACCAAACAAUUCGGAUGCAGUGUCAACUCAACCGUCCUGACACACUGGCACAGGGUUGUGAAACCAGCUGUGACGUCAGUGCUGACAUUCAGAAGCUGAUUCCAGACCAGGAGGCUCUGGAGCAGAGCAGUGACAGUACAGAGGCAGGCAGCGUGGUCUCCGGCCCCACUGACCCAGGGCCAGAGCAACUCCAGCACCAGAGCAGACCAUCCCAAAGCCUCCAGGAAGUGCCACCAGAGUUGGAAUGUGCCACACAAGGGACCUUUUCACAGGACAAGAUACCACCAUUCACCUCCAUGUCAAAGGAGAAAGAAGAGGAAGAGGUAGAGAAUCGAAGGACACCUCCCUCACCCAUCAGAGUCAACUGUUCAACGGCUUCCAAAGAUGCAGGGCAGAAAUCAUCUGCUUUAGACUGCUGCAUAGCGAAUGAAUCACAGAGCAGCACCAAAACACAGACUCAGCACACAGAGAGCAUGCUGUGCUGCACAGAGUAUAAGACAGAAGCCAAAACCACAGUAUCUGAGAAGGGGAGAGGAGGAGGAGGAGGAGGAGGAAGAUGUAGUGGUUCUCCUGACAGACACGAUUGCAGAGGCAGGAACGACAGCCAUGACAGCCCCUCCCUCAAGCUACAAGUCCUGGAAGGUGACUUGGAACCCCUGCCUGCACCGGUAGACCCCCAAGCUCAGCAUAACCUACCUGCCCAGCAACAGCCUUUUUGCACUGAAGAGCAGAGCCUUUAUUUGACCCACAAGCUGCUUCUCCACUUGCCGUCGUCGCCACCAGCUCAUGACCAGGUCGACUCAUCACAGUCUGUACACACCCCAUCCCCUCAUUCACCAGAGUCCAGUCCUGUCCUCUCCACCGCUAUUCUUUUUGAAGGAAUUUCAGGAAAUGACACCCUGCCAAGCCCACCAGGUCCUAAAACCAGCCCACUUCUCUCUUGUUUUACGACGAGCGAUUGCCCGGUUCCCUCACCGCGCUGCCCCAACCUCAGUCACAGCCUGCGCUACAACCUAGACCCUGAUACAGCCCCUUCUCCACCGUGCUCACAGCACAUUCGCAUGGCUCGCAGCACUAUACAUACAGAGCCGGACGAGGGCUCUGUGUCCAUCUCCAUGCUCAACAAACACAUUCACAGCCUGAGGAAGAGGAUCAGGCAUUUUGAGGAGCGUUUUGAACAGGAGAAGCACUAUAAGCCGGCUCACAACGACAAGACGGCACAUCCAGAGGUGGCCAGACUGAUGAUGGAGCUCAUUAAGAGUCGUAAGCAGCUUAAAGAGCUGAAGCUGAGACAAUCAGAAGAACAGGGUCUGAAAGGGCAGGGAGACUUCAACCGAUCAGCUGAAACAUGCAGGACCAACAUAGACCAGAGGGAGGCAGCACUAACAGGGACUGAGCUGCAGCAACUUAACAAUAACAGUAACACCAAGCCAAAUGUGGAGGAAACUGUCAACAUUAUAACCAACAGACUGAAGGAAAGACGACGAGAGCUGGGCCUGCCUGAUAGCGUCAUGGAGAUGUCCCAUUUCCAGCUGAUUUUGGAGAAGACCAGCCUGCAGAAGUGUUUGCUCUACUUUGAGGGUCUGCACGGACGACCAAGUACCAGGCAGGAGCGCACUCUGAUGAAACCUUUUUAUGAUCGCUACCGUCUUCUCAAGCAGCUGCUGUUUUCUUCUUCUUCUGCUGUUUCAACAGUCAUUACGACCAUUGAAGAAGAGGAGGGCUCUGACGACGAGCAUCCCAAACAGCAAAGCCCCAUGCUGCAGCCACUCCGACUGAAAUCUCCCAGGUGUGUGUCUUUAGAUGAGUCGCCGCAUCUGUCUUCUCUAGAAAUUUCUGAAACACCUCUCGUGUCCCCACUGGAGGAGGUGAAGUGUUUCCAGCCACAGAUCAUCACCUUGGCAACACUACAUGAAGCUUCCAGACCAGAACUACUGGAUCACCUCAGAAUGGCACGAUUAGAGAAGCGGAGGCUUCACCAGGCGCUUCGAGAGUUUGAGGACCAUUUCUACACACAGACCGGCAGGGCUUGUCAGAAGGAGGACCGUGGACCGAUGGCAGAGGAGUACUGCCAGUAUAAGAACCUCAAAGCAAAGAUCCGUCUACUUGAGGCCCUGCUUAGUAAACAACAGGACUCAACUAAGACCAUUUGAAUUAACUCACAGUGGGACUUAUUUCUUACUUAACAGGACUCGACUAUUUCUGAAAAAUCAAGUUAUGGAGCUGGUGGGUCUGGUCUUGAUUCAUUCCAUGCUCAUUAUGUUGAUGCACUUUACAUAAAGGAAACCGAUGGAAA